AUGUUCUCUAUACCUUCCACCACGUCGGCAAACACGCAACCUUCGACCAAUACCUCUUCCAGCACCCAAGGCUCUUCUGCUGGUCCACGUUCUUUAACUUCGACCGCUACACAAACUCCUCCUUCUGCUUCUGGCCCUCAAUCGGCUUUUACUCCAUAUAAUAAUCAGACUCCUCAGCACCCUACCCCGGUGACUACUCCCACUACUACAAAGAACUCUCUUCCUCAACAAGAAACUUCGACAAUGUUGACUCCUCAAUCAGAACACAACAUUGGCAGUACCAUGAUGUAUUCUCAACAUCAUUUUGCUAACCCUACCGCCCACCCAUUCUGGCCUUCUUACUUUAGCGGUGGUAACCCUCCAAAUGGUGCUGCUGUCUUAUCUGCUAACGGUAGUAGUGCCUUUGUUCCUGCUGUCGGUUACGGUAGUGCUGGUUCAGGAAUGCCUCAAGGUCAUACUCCUCGUCCAAAACUUACCACUACUAUAUGGGAAGAUGAAGGAACCUUAUGUUAUCAAGUUGAUGCUCGUGGAAUUUGUGUAGCUCGACGACAAGACAAUGACAUGAUCAACGGAACGAAAUUAUUGAACGUUGUUGGAAUGUCACGUGGUAAACGAGAUGGUAUUCUUAAAAAUGAAAAAGGAAGAGUCGUAGUAAAGGUUGGGGCUAUGCAUCUAAAAGGUGUUUGUAUCUUUCUUCAUAAUUCAUAUGGUCCAUCAAUGUCAACUAGAAUUCCAUCUAUAGGCAAUGGUCCACAAUCUCAGUGGAGACCUACUCAUCCUUACGCAAAUGGUUUUAAUAAUACUCCAUAUUCACCCGAUACAACUCGACAAUGGGGGUAUCCAUAUGGUAAUGGUAAUCCAAUCAUGGGAAAUCCUAAUGUACCGCAAGGUCAAGAUCAUGGAUCAUCUCCGUAUCCACCAGCCACCGGUUAUGCUGAACGUCCUCAACAUGUUGCUAAUCCACCUGCUGUACCAAUGUAUGCAAAUCAACCUCCAAGAAAUAAUAAUCAUCCACAAACUCAUUUAGAAGAUUAUGAAGCUGGUUAUGGUUUAAUAAACGGUCAACCUCAAGGACAGCAAGGUGUGGUUCCUGGACCGGCGGAAAAUCCCGGUAGUAACGGUUACAUACGACCAAAUAAUCAAGGCCUUUAUAAUAUUGUCUCGGCUAACGAUGUAUCAGGAAGUCCAGCUCAAAGUGGUUCACCGCAACUAAUUGGUCAAAAAAGAGGUUUCGUAGGUGAAGAAGAAAAUGAUGAAUAUAAUGUCAAUAAUUCGAAUCAAUCAAGUCCCCCUCUUGCUAUGCAUCCUCCAACUCCACUAAAUAAUAUUGCUGUUACCGCUGCAGUAAAUGCUGCUGCUGCUAGUCCUUUUCCAAGUCCAAUGAAUGUAAGCUCAAAUUCUUCCCCUAAUAAUUCUGCCUUUUCGGGUUGGAAUCAUUCCGGUAAACGAGUAAAAUACGAAUUCCCUGAAGCAACAACUCCAUCAUCAUCUCACUCGUCACCAAGAAGCAGUGCUGCUGUUUAUCAAUUACCGGGUCUAGGUGCUGGUAAUACUACUCCAGGUGCAACUCCAUCUACACCACAAGGUUACCCUAAUAGUAAUCUUCAGAUGAGCACCGUAUUACAUACACCGUCACCGGAUGGUACACCCGUAGAAGAACCGACCAGACGUUACGAUCAAUAUCAACAGCGAGAAGAUCAGUCCUCAACAGAAGAAAUCAGCAAUAGUGGUGGUUGGGAUUAG